AAGCAUAAAACGCCAAUGGAGCAAAUUCCUACAUGGGUCUGUAUCGCGCAGCAUGAAUCUCACUUCGACACCUCAGCCGUGGGACGUCUGAAUGCGGAUGGCAGCGCCGAUCAUGGAAUCUUCCAAAUCAGUGAUCUCUACUGGUGUUCGCAUGAUCGCUACGGCAGUGGCAAGGCUUGUGGUCUGCAGUGUACCAAGCUCCUGGACAACGACAUAACCGACGAUGUUCGUUGCGUCAAGCGCAUACACGGUGAACACGCGCGUCUUUCUGGUGAUGGCUUCACCGCCUGGACCGUCUACAACCAACACUGCCGCAACCAGCAGUAUGAAUUUGUAUCCUCGUGCUUCAAGGAUCAAUACUCAACGCUUCAACAGCCAGCUAAAACGCACGUUUUUACUUCACCCGUAACAUUCUCCUCCCAAACACCACACGCACACGCUUACCAAGUCAACCCCUUCCUCAAACACAGUGGCGUCCCACCAAAAUCCACACCUACACUUCAACAAUACACAUCCCCAAACACUUACACACAGCCACACCAUACACAACAACACAAGGGUAAAGUUUAUAAACGAUGUGAAUUAGCUCAAGAAUUGUAUUUUAAACACAAGUUUCCAAUGCAGGAUAUACCUACGUGGGUGUGUAUCGCCCAACAUGAGUCCAACUACGACACAUCAGCAGUUGGGCGUCUCAACGGUGACGGCAGCGCGGAUCACGGCCUCUUUCAGAUAAGCGAUCUCUACUGGUGCUCACACGACAACUUUGGCGGCAAGGCGUGCAACAUUCCGUGCGCGAAGCUACUCGACUCCGACAUAACCGACGACGUCAAGUGCGUCCGCACAAUACACGAGGAGCAUACGCGCAUCUCGGGCGAUGGUUUCACAGCGUGGACGGUGUACGACAGGAAUUGCCGCAAUCAGCAGAUUGAACAGGUCUCCGCCUGCUUCGAGAGCAAUGAGUUAAGUAAGACCGAACAAUUUCUAACUACAAUGCAGGUGGGUGGCUACCACGAUGACAACAAUACGUACACAACGACAACUGGGCUGGCGGUGGCGAAGGGUAAGAUUUACAAGGAGUGUGAACUGGCGCAGGAGCUGUACUACAAACAUGGGAUGCGUCUGAAUGAUAUACCAACCUGGGUUUGUAUUGCUAAGCACGAAUCUAGCUUCAACACGGCAGCUGUGGGACGACUAAAUGCAGAUGGCAGCGCAGACCACGGACUUUUCCAGAUCAGUGACCUCUACUGGUGUAGCCACGAGGAUUCCGGCGGUAAGGCAUGCAACAUUCCGUGUCACAAAUUGGUGGACGCGGAUAUCAGCGAUGAUGUGCAGUGCAUCAAAACUAUACACGCGGAACACACGCAAAUUUCAGGUGACGGCUUCACAGCUUGGGUUGUUUACAACAGACACUGCCGCAAUCAACAGUUGCAGCGUGUGGCUAAAUGCUUUCCAGCAGACGACAUACAGAAAGCACUUCACGCUGGCCCAGUCAUUGAGACAAAUACAGUUGGAAGUGGACAACAAGCCAGCGCUGUAGUGGGUAAAGGCAAAAUAUACAAGAAAUGUGAGUUAGCGCAGGAGCUGUACUUUAAGCACAAAAUGCCUAUGGAAGAGGUGCCCACCUGGGUUUGCAUAGCCGAGCACGAGUCGAGUUUGAAUACGGCCGCUGUGGGACGCCUCAAUACGGAUGGCAGUGCGGAUCAUGGCCUUUUCCAAAUAAGUGACCUGUACUGGUGCUCACACGAUGGCGGCGCUGGCAAAGCCUGUCAGAUUUCCUGCAGCAAACUGUUAGACAACGAUAUAACCGAUGAUGUGCGAUGCGUGAAAACCAUUUACGAGGAGCAUACACGUCUAUCCGGCGAUGGAUUCACUGCGUGGACAGUUUAUAAUCGGAACUGCCGCAAUCAGCAAUUGGAGCAGAUAAGUUCCUGCUUCGAUAGCAACGAAUUGCAGAAGGCACAUCAAGUCAAACGAGUUGGACAGACCACAACGCAAGGUUUCAGUGCCGAGCCAAGCGCAAAACCUGAUCGAGAACAAUCGCGUACCACACCGAGUAGCACGGAAAAAACAAAGCUGCAUUUGCAUCCAACAAGACCCUAUGUGAACAGUGACGUAUUCCGUACGACCCCUUUGAAAUCAAAAGCUCCAACCACCGCGCUUAAACCAGUUGCUGCGUAUGCGACACCUACCACAACUGCCAAAUCGAUUACCCAAAAUCCUCAAUUGCAAUAUUAUUCGAGUCUGCCCACAAUUACAACAAAGAAACCUACAACAAUGGCAACAGUUAUACAAAAGCCAACAACACUCGCUGGAAUAUCCACAACGAAACGGCCGAGCACAGCCCCAACUUGGAACUGGCAUCACCAACCACAAGUGCAACCUACAAAAGUGGCUUCCACUCAAAGAACGACAAGCACAACUAAGUCACAAAUAACAACGAAAUCUACAACAAGUGCUCCUCUUGCUACGCCAAGGACCACAAAACUGCCGAACACCCAGAGGCCAGUUACAGCAAAAAGCAGCAACUCUAAAAAAGCAACGGUAACUACAACGCAAAGACCAUUGACCACAAGAAAUACGAUAUAUCCCAACAAAGAAAAAACCGCUCAGACUGCAGCCACUACGAACAGGCCUAGAACAACAAUGUCAACCAAAAAACCGCUGACCACAAAAAAUGCAGGUGUUUCACAACGACAGAACACUCCAUGGACUACCACAACAACAACUCCAAUCCCUAAAACACUGGCCAUAAAUGGUUCACCAGUGACCCAACGAAAGACCACCAAGACUUCUGGCAACACGAAUAGACCAGCGACAACCACCACAACAACUAGAAAACCAACAACCAAACAAAGUCCAACAAAAACUACCUCAAGAAAUAUUGUCAGCGCUACUAAAACUGCCUCCAACCAUGAAAAUACAGCUGUCACGCGAAGACCUUCAACAACAGUGAGAUCGCCUACAACACAAAGAACUCCCGUUGCAGCAAAAACUACCACACGACCGACUACAAAGACAACUCAAAGGACGACAAAACGUACAACAACGACGACAAAAAUGCACCUAGAUUACUAUCCUUCCACGACUACACGGCAGCCAAGAACUACUGUAAGAACGCCGAUAACUACGAAGGUAACGAAGCGUCCUACAUCAGGUAUUCCGAAUACUUUCACAACUACAAGAGUGCCAUAUACAACCAGGAAGGUUACCACGACUCCUCCGAUUACAAGGUUUAAAGUAAAAUCACAAAAUAGCACCACAGCCACAACUAGGGCUCCGACUAAAAUACAGCCAGCGACGACAACGAAAAGUGUAAACACUGCCCGUGUAACUACGCGAAGACCCGCUUUGUAUGCAACGAGUGCUGCGGAAGCAACUACUACAACACUUAAACCGAAAUUUACCGGGUCUUCAACCAUCCGAACAACAAAUCCGUACCGCGACGACCCCUUCAGUCAUCCAUUUUUUGCGAAGUACAAAGAGCAGUUCACAGUUUUUGCCUCGACAACUACACGCAAGCCAGCGAGUACUACUAACAAAUACGAGUACCGGCCUCUGGCAAAGCAUGGUGAAGAGAGCGAAUACUAUCAGCAGUUCAGGAAUCAUACAGCUGGUAAUGUGAAGACCGUUUAUGCCUAUGCGUUUGGCCAAAACGGCGCGCUAACUGGACACUAAUUGCAGACGCUGGGAGCAAACAAAAGCUAUGUAUGUAUGUAGCUCCUCGCAUGCGGACAAAUGAAUACUCGUUUAUUGAGAUACAUACAACCGAAAGUGGAAUUCAAAGUAGUAUUAAGAGCCUAGUUAAGGAAGGAAAAUCGUUUGCGAAUUUUUGUGAUGCUGUCAAAAUGUGAUUUUUUUUUUAUAAACUACACUUUAAACGAGGACACGAGUAUACUACAUAAUCAUAGAUAAUCAAAUACACAUACAUAUUCAGAUAAGUACAUCGCCAUGGCACUGGAUGCAAUA